AUGUUUUACUGUCAUGAACAUUAUUUACAACAUCGUGAGGAUCUCAAUCGACAAUUAGAAAUACUUUCAAAUGAGCGGAAUUGUCUUAUGAAUAAAAUAGAACAACAAAAAGCAGAACCUCAACAGCAUGCAUUGAUGAAAAAAAUCGAUGAAUGGGAACGCGACUCGAUUGCUAAGACUCAACAAGUGGCAAAAGAAGCCAAACAAACAUUGCUGUCUCAUAUUGAUAAGUUCUUUCCGAAAGUGGAGCAGCGAAUGAGUCCGUUAACGGAUGAACUUUGUCAGAAGUCUAACAAGCAUACUUUUGUGGACACAGAUAUAACAAAAUGGAAACAAGAGCUAGAAGAACUAAAGACAUUACUCGACAAUCCAUCAGAUUUAAAAGUACAAGAAGACUCAACACCACUUGUGACCAAAAUUAAAGUUAUAAUCCUAUCUUCACUACGUUCAAAUUCGACUGACAUUCAUUUGAAUGCAAAAUGGAUAGAGAAUGGUCUUACUGUGGCUGGAGGAAAUAAAGCAGGCAGUGAAAUCAAUCAACUUCAUUACCCAUUAGGUUUAUACGUCGAUGAUGAUAAUACAAUUUAUGUUGCUGAUUUCUCUAAUCACCGUAUUGUGGAAUGGAGAUGUGGAGCGACGAAUGGUCAAGUGAUUGCUGGUGGAAAUGGAAGUGGAAAUGGAGCUCAUCAGUUGAGCAACCCACGAGAUGUGAUUGUCGACAAAGAGAGAGAUAGUCUCAUCAUCUGUGAUUGCAAUAAUAAAAGAAUUGUUCGAUGGUCUCGUCGAAAUGGUACUAGUGGAGAAACAAUCAUUUCGAAUAUCUCUUGUUACGGUUUAACAAUGGACGAGAGCGGAUCUCUAUAUAUAACUGACUAUGAAAAACAUGAAGUGAGACGAUAUAAAAUUGGUAAUACUGAAGGAAUAGUAGUUGCAGGCGGCAAUGGAAAAGGAAAUCGCCUCGAUCAACUCUCCGAUCCCCGCUACGUAUUUGUCGAUCGAGAUCAUUCAGUGUACGUAUCUGAGGAGGGAAACCAUCGUGUGAUGAAAUGGGAAGAAGGUGCAAAGCAAGGCAUUGUGGUAGCCGGUGGUCAAGGAUCUGGAAAUAGUCUUACACAACUGUCACGUCCUUUUGGAGUCGCUGUCGAUCAAUUGAGCACUGUCUAUGUGACUGAUCUUGGAAAUAAUCGAAUCAUGCGUUGGCCAAAAGGAACCACACAGGGAAGUGUCAUUGCUGGUGGAAACGGUUCAGGAGUACAGUCGAAUCAACUCAAUAGUCCCGUUGGUUUAUCAUUCGAUCGACAUGGUAAUCUCUAUGUCGCCGAUCAGUACAAUCAUCGGGUUCAAAAAUUUAAUACCAAAUAA